UAACAAACAGCAUCAAAAAGAUUUCAUUCUUUCUCUCCCAAAUUUCCUCGGAAAAGAUGCCUUCUGUUGCUCAUUGGAAAGCUUCUUAUUACUGCAACACAAAAAGAUCAUGGAUUUAUGGAAACUUUCAAGUAUUCCCGCAAUUUGUACAGUUCUGUGAAGACGCCAAAUGUGACAUCAUCGAUUUUAAAAUCUAUUUCGACGAAUUUGUUGAAAUCAAGAAAGAAACAACCAAUGUUUUUUACACGGCUUUAACAAUAAGGGUGAACAAUAGCAAGUUUUGGUUUUCUUCGUUCCCAAGCUGUACAAAUGUUUACAACAUGCUGGAGCAUUUCUGGAAAGAAAGAUUGUUUGCUGGCUCAAUACCAUCGAGUUCAUCACAAACAAACUCCCGUGGACAGCAGUUGUUAAGAAUACUUCAUGAUUCUGCUGACUGCCUUUCUUCUACAACCAAGACACUAGMAACACAAGGACAACAGAUUGAUAAUGCAUGUAGAACUAUGAAUAAAAUACAUAAUGAUUUGGGUAUUGCAGAAAACAUCUUGCACAGUAUGGAUUCAUGGCUUAACCAGUGGAGUGUAUCAUUUGAAGAUGUCAUGAUAAAUGUUUCCACUGCUCCUGGUAGCUCAGAAAAGCURGAACUCCCUGUGUUGUAUGCCGUAAAUGAAAAAGACAAACAUGUGUCUGGCUCUCUGGUGCUUAGCAAGAAAGACAUUGAAAUUUUGGAUCUUCAGAGAGCUCCAGUAUACAGUUUUAAUGGACGAGAGAUUUCUGAAGCAACAUUUCACACUCCAUAUGAGGUGACGUURGUCARAAGUGAGAUUGGGAAACAAKUGGUGUGUGUACAUCUGAUUUCAGCAAGGCUAAUACAGGUUAUYCCACAAAUAAAAGCAAUGCUUGGACCUAAACUAAUCCUUGAGAACUCUUCUGAUGAAAUAACAACAGAUGGUCAGAAUGAAUUGAUGCAAAACUUGAAACUUGAUUACAUAAAUAAACAGAAAUAUGCAGYUCAAGGUACCAGCCAACAAGGUUCCCAAUCAGUMAGUGAUGCUGAAGCARCCCAAAUGACAAAACUUCUACAAGAUAUGAAAUCAAUGGCAGUUGGUAUUAAAGGUGAACAAGGAAGACAAUUACAACAGCUGGAUCUGCUGGCAAAYUCAGUGGAUAAAGCAAAUGAAAGACUAAGGAAAAACAAUAGAACUAUCAAUCAUCUGACAUAAGUUUGUGGGU